AUGGCAGCUUAUGCAGCUCUUAUUUCUCUCUUGAACAAUAUUCAGCAGAUGAUGAAUCAUCCUAACCUUUCCACUUCUUUCCACAACAAUCAGAUUCAAUCUCUUGAGGAAAAGGCUGCUUUGUUGCUUGAUUUCAUAGAGACCUAUAACUAUGUUGGUGGAGGUAGUGAAGAAGCACAAGAUCUGGAAAGCCUAAUGGCAUCUGCAGCUCAUACGGCUGAAGAUAUGAUUGAAUCACACAUCGUCAAUCAAGUACUUCUUCCUCUUUCUGCUGAUGAUCGCGAAGCAGCUUUGAGUUUCUCGUUGUAUCUACAGAAAAAGUCGUCAAUUGAAAAGAAAAAUGCUCCUGCAGUUGGAGAUGUGGAUCAAUUUCAUGGUGGAUCCAACCAAGAAAUUGAAGAGCCUGCACCUCAUGUGGCUGGAGGUGGAUGCUGGAUCAAUUUCAUGCAGCUUAUUAAGAGAAAAAGGGCAAUUCAAGAGAAAAAUGAAGCUGCAGUUGGAGAUGUUGAUCAAUUUCAUGGUGAAUCAAACCUCAGUUAUUUUGACUAUCUGCGACAGAUAAUUGAAGACAUGGAUGCUAUCAUCGAAAAGGCGAAUGAGUUGAAGGAGAAACAGAGAUUGAGAGAGGACCAACCACCCACGCAUUCAACACCUCUGUAUACCGAGACCAGAGAAGAAAGUGGUAUGGUGGGAUUUCAUGAUGAGUUGAUUCAACUUCUAGAUGAGCUCACCGGUCAUCGAUCCAAUCUACAAAUCAUCUCAAUCGUCGGUAUGGGCGGCAUGGGUAAGACUACUCUUGCCAAACAUAUUUAUGCUAAUCAACUCAUUAUCGAACACUUUGAUAUUCGUGCUUGGGCUACCGUAUCUCAGCAAUACAAUGCUAAACAAAUUCUUCAACAACUACUUUCUAGCCAAGGAAAAUCCUCCGAUAAAACUGUAGAUGAAUUAGGAGAACAAUUGUAUAAAACUUUAUCUGGUAGGAGAUAUUUAAUCAUUUUAGACGACAUAUGGAGUUUCGAAGCUUGGAAUGAAGUGAGGUGUUUCUUUCCUGAUAAUGGAAGUGGAAGCCGGAUUCUUCUAACUACUAGGUUGUCAGAUGUGGCUAACGAUUGUGGCUCUUCUUGCUUUCAGAAGAAUCUUCUAGAUGAGGUUGAAAGUUGGCAAUUAUUCUGUAAGAAGGCAUUCCAAAAUGAAGAUUGUCCUAGUGAACUUGAGAAAGUUGGAAGGGAGAUUGUUAAAUUAUGCAAAGGACUAGCAUUGACCAUUGUUGUGAUUGGUGGGAGUCUUCUAAAUUCUCCUAGAACCGUAGGAUAUUGGAAGAAUGUUGCCGAAGAUAUAGAAUCAAGUCCCAACUCAAAACAGAAAGACGAAAGCUUAGAUGUAUUGUUUUCAAGUUAUAACCACUUGCCUCCUCGUUUAAAGCCUUGCUUUCUUCAUAUUGGAGUUCUUAAACUUACUAAUUAUGAGAACCUCCAUAUCUCGAGAAUCAUCCAACUUUGGAUUGCUGAGGGAUUUUUGAAAUCAAAUGGAGGCCGAGUUUUGGAAGAGAUUGCAGAGGACUACUUGAAAGAACUUAUUGAUAGAAAUCUGAUAUUAGUCAGCAAACGAAGUAAAACUGGGAAGAUGAAACGUUUUGAUAUUCAUGAUCUUUUAAGAGACCUAUGCUUAAAAGUAGCAGAGCAACAAGGGUUUUUUCAUGUGAUCACUCAAGGCCCCGUACUAGGCACAGAACGUCGCCUAGUAUAUAACAAUGCUUCGCGGGGGAGGGAAACUGCCAAACUUCCACUUGCACGCAGUAUCAUGGAAUGUGAACUCCGCAAGGAUGCUUAUAAAUAUGGAUUGUUGAGAGUUUUGGAUGCACAAAGUCACAUAGCAAUUGAAGAAUCAUUUGGGUGUGUUAACUUGCGCUACCUUGCUUUGUCGGAACAUGAGGAUCUUCCUAGUUCUGUGUCCUUGACGCUUGGGUAUGCAGUGAAUUUGAGGUUGAGUGAGGAUGUGUGCAAGAUCAUUCCCAAUAUCAAGAAAUUGAAUCUUGAAUAUAAUCGUGAAUUGCAAGGAUGGGAUGCUAGCUUGAUUGAGUGUUUGUGUAAUCUUGAUCGCUUGCAUAAACUUGAAUCACUCAAACUGAGAGGCGAGAUUAGGUGGUGUCACAUGUAUUCUCAACUGAAUGAGAUACUCACAUUUCCCAGAUUGCUAAACAAGUUGAGCUUGAGUAUGAUCGAUUUUGAUUGGGAUGAUCUGACAAUGAUUGGUUCGUUGCCCCUACUCGAAGUUCUCGAGGUACAAUAUAACAAUCUCGGGAGGGACGGCACGUGGAGUCCUGUUAAUGGGCAAUUUCAACGCCUCAAGUUCUUGAAAAUUGAUCAAUGUAGUCUGUUUUGUUGGAAUGCAGAUAGUUGUCAUUUCCCAAUUCUGGAAAAGCUUCUUCUUUGUUGGUUAACUAUGUUGGAAGAGAUUCCAUGGGGUAUUGGUGAGAUACCAACACUCAAACUUAUUCAUCUGGAUUGUUGUAGUAACUCUGCCACGAUUUCAGCUAUCAAAAUCAAAGACGAGCAGCUCGAGUAUCAGGACAAUGAUGACCUUCAAAUCCAAGUUAUUGUGGAUGAUGGUCAAAUGAAGAGCUUCAUGGCAAUGGUGGAAACUGAGGGCCUCACACUUAAUAAUGUUCAACUCCAUACAUUCUAG